AUGCCGUCCAUUAAAUCGUCUCUGUUGGCCCUCGCGGCUGUGCUGACAGGCGCCUCGGCCCACUACAACUUUGAGUCGCUCGUCGUCAAUGGCCAGGCCACACGGCCGUACGAAUACGUCCGCCGCACAACCAACUCCAACAGCCCGAUCGAGAAUGUUCAAAGCCAGCAUAUGGUUUGCAACCAGGGUGGACUAGAUGCCAAUAUCCGGGCUGCCACAUCCACGUACACGGUCCAAGCGGGAGACGAGCUCGGAUUUCUCGUAAACGUCGACCUGGGCCACCCCGGUCCGUUGGCCGUCUACCUCUCCCGCGCCCCGAACGGCGUCUCCGCGCAGAAUUACCUCGGAGACGGUGAAUGGUCCAAAAUCUACGCCCUGACUUCGCGCGAGAUCCGCGAGAACUACGGUAUCGACUGGGCCAGUUUCCCCAACAACGUGGGUAUCCGCAACUUCACCUUCACCCUUCCGCCGCAGACCCCGCCGGGUGAAUACCUCGUCCGUGCGGAGCACCUGGCUAUUCACGGCGCGGGCUCCUUUGGCGGUGCCCAGUUUUACAUUGGCUGCGCCCAGAUCCGAGUCGAGAACCGCAACUAUGAUGGCUCCGUCCCCGGUCCCACCGUCCGCUUCCCCGGCGCCUACACCGGCAACGAGCCUGGCAUCCUCGUCAACAUCUACUGGCCCCCUCUAACCAGCUACCAGGCCCCUGGCCCCGUGACUUGGCCCAACAGGUGCGAGGACCACACGGCCAACUUUGUUGGACAGCAGAGCGACGGCGAUUGCACUCCUCUGGGGUCGUGA